AUGAUCACGGUGGAAGUCAAGAAGGAAAUCGUCGAGAAGUACGAACGAGGGAUGCGAGUGGCCGAAAUUGCAAGAUUUUAUAAGAAGUCUACGUCAACCAUUUGCACAAUAUUAAAGAAGAAAGAAGAAAUAAGGGGGCUAGAUGCAGCGAAAGGAGUCACGAGAAUAUCAAAGCAACGGCCACGUGUUCUGGAAGAUGUAGAGAAGUUGCUUCUGGUUUGGAUAAAUGAGAAACGGCUGGCAGGUGACACCGUGACCGAGAACUUUAUCUGCGAGAAGGCAAAGGCCUUGUACACCGACCUCGUAAGUAAACUGCCAGGUACGUCAACAGAAAACGAAGAAGGCUUCAAAGCAAGCAGGGGAUGGUUUGAUAACUUUAAGAGGAGAAGUGGCAUCCGGAGUGUCGUGAGGCACAGAGAGGCUGCGAGUUCGGACGCUAAGGCAGCCGAGGUGUUUGCUACCGAGUUCCAGAAGCUCAUGGCUUCCGAGUGUUACCUGCCGGAGCAAGUUUUUAACUGCGACGAGACGGGGCUUUUUUGGAAAGAGAUGCCAAAGAGGACGCACAUUACGGAAGAAGAGAGUGCAGUGCCUGGUCACAGGCCCGUGAAAGACCGUCUCACCCUCUUGUUUUGCGCUAACGCGAGUGGGGAUUUCAAAGUCAAGCCCCUGCUCGUGUAUCAUUCCGAGAACCCACGAGCCUUCAGGAAAUGCAGGGUGCAGAAGAGCCAGUUAAACGUCAUGUGGAGGUCCAACAGCAAGGCUUGGGUCACUCGUAUCUUGUUUGUCGAGUGGGUCAACGAGGCCUUCGGUCCUGCAGUGAAGAAAUACCUUUUAGAGAAGAAUCUGCCGCUCAGAGCCUUGCUGGUGAUGGAUGAUGCCCCUGCUCAUCCUCCAGGCUUUGAGGACGACCUGCUGGAGGAAUUCGAGUUCAUUAAGGUCAAGUUCCUUCCUCCCAACACCACUCCAGUCCUCCAGCCCAUGGAUCAGCAGGUCAUUUCAAACUUUAAACAGCUUUACACCAAAGCACUAUUUCAGCAAUGCUUUGAGGUGACCAAAGGAACAAACCUUACCCUCCGAGAGUUUUGGAAAAAUCAUUUCCACAUCGUGAACUGCCUCCAGAUCAUUGAUAAAGCCUGGGAUGGGGUCACCAAGAGAACCCUCAAUUCUGCUUGGAGAAAACUGUGGCCCGAUUGUGUUCUUGGACCUGACUUAGAGGGGCUUGCUCAUGAACAGCAGCCGCCAGUUGUCGGUGAAACGGUGUCCUUGGGGAAGACCAGGGGACUGGAGGUGAGUGAGGACGACAGUCGGGAGCUGGUGGAGGAGCAUGGCCAGGAGCCGACCACCGACGAACUGAUGGGUCUGCAUCGCGAGCAGCGGCAAGAGGUUAUGGGGGAGGUCUCGUCCGCAGGGGAGAAAAAGGCCGAGGAAUCCCUCACUUCAAUCCGGCCGCCUCUCAGCCAGCGAACCAGCUCCGCUCAGCCCGGCAACUCUACUCUCAGAGAAAUGACGGCACACCUCCACGUACAGCAUCCGUGCACAAACGUCCACGGCAGCCACAAGGUGGAAACAACCCAGAUGCCCGUCCACAGAGGAGUGUGGUCCGGCUGUACCGUGGAAUAUUAUUCAGCCGUGAAAAGGAGUAAGUACCAGCAGUGCUACAACGUGAAUGAGCCUUGA